AUGGAGUCAAGUUCGAAACGCCGCAAAAUCGACCAUGCUGGGUCUGGACUAAGACAUGAUGCUCUUAUCGAUUUUGAGGCUCGUAGCUCUGCCCGUGUCUCAACCGCUAGCACAUUCGUGCUCCAAACCGACGAGCUGCUCAAGGAAGCCAAACUCGACUAUGGAAAGGCAUUGAAGGGAGUCGAUGAAAAUCUGCACAAACUGAAGGAGGCCAUCGAUACUGCGGAACCCCAUGGCCCUGAACUUAUCACCCAAGUCACCACCCGCUUUGAGAAGAAGCAUCGCAUCGUCAUUCCCUACCCCGAUCCGAAGCCCGCAAAAGAUGCGCCCUACAAGCUAUCUUUCGAGAAGCCAGCUUCGUACAACGUCGUCGGCAGUUACGUUGCUAAGACCAUGAUCAAGUCCCAGGCGCAUUUCGGAAUUGAUAUGGUAGUCCAAAUGCCCAAGACCAUGUUCCAGGAGAAGGACUUUACAAGCAUGCGAUACUUUUACCGAAGAGCCUACUAUAUCGCCUACAUCGCCGCCAGCGUCAAGAAAGAGUUGGAAGAUUCGAUGGACAUCGGUUUCGAAUACCUUAACGAGAACCCCCUUCUGCCUGUGCUCGCACUUCGACCUAAGCCCGAAGAGGAUGACGAGGAUAACAAGGACACUAAGGGAAAGCCAUCCAAGAAGAAGGCAAAGGUCGCCAAGUCCCCGUAUACUAUUCGACUCAUCCCCUGCGCGCCUGAGGGUCUCUUCCCCAAGACCAAGUUGCUUCCCACCUCCAACAACAACCGAAGUGGAGAGACCGACGACAAGAAAACAAAGUCCGGCACCCCUUUCUACAACUCUACUCUGAAGGCUGAGGAGGCUUUCAUUUCUUACUUGCGCGUCCUUACACACGCCAAGAAUGAAUGUCCAGCUUUGACUGAUGCCUGUGUCCUGGGAAGAAUCUGGCUGCAACAGAGGGGCUUUGGCAGUUCUGUGUCGCAAGGUGGUUUUGGUCACUUCGAAUGGUCUGUCAUGAUCGCCCUGUUGCUCCAGAUGGGUGGACGUAAUGGCCAGGCAAUGCUUUCCAACUCUCUCAGCAGUACCGAACUCUUCAAGGCUGCCGUGCAAUUCCUCUCAACCACCGACUUCAACGAAAAGCCAUUUGUGUUUGGUUCCUCGAAGAUCAACGCCGAUACCGUCAAAGAAGCUGGCCCUGUUAUGUACGAUCCCAUCCGAGAACUCAAUGUGCUCUACAAGAUGAACCCCUGGUCUGCCAGCCUCCUUCAGAUGCACGCCAAAUCUACUACCGACAACCUCGCCGACGAAGCCGCCGACAAGUUUGCCCCGACUUUCAUCAUCAAGUCAGAUGCGCCUCUUCAAACAUUCGACGCCAUUUUCGAGGUCAAGAGUCAGUAUGUGAAGCCCUCAGACUCUCCCGACCGCAGGGGAGCGGCUUGGGAAUUCAGCUUGGAAGCCCACAAGGUACUCGCGAAGGCGUUUGGUAACCGAUCUCAUCUUGUGCACUUCCAGUUGCCUUCAAAGGCAGGAUGGAAACUGGGCUCUGCACCGUCCUCAGAUGCUGGCAAGGUUCAGUUUGGUGUUAUGUUUGAGUUUGCCCAGAUGGCUCGUCAAAUGGAGCAUGGUCCUGCCGCUGAGGAACAAGAGGAAGCAGCAAAGUUCCGACGAUUCUGGGGUGAGAAGGCUGAGUUGCGUCGCUUCAAGGACGGAAGUAUUCUCGAGUGUGUCGAGUGGUCAAGCAAAGUGCCAUUCCAGAUUUGCGAAGAGAUUGCUGAACACACGUUGAAACGACACCUCAAGGUCGAGAGCGGAGCAAUCACUGCCUAUGGUGCGGGCUUCUCCAACAUCGUCACCUUCACACAUAUGGAUAAGGAGGCUUUUGACGCUGCCCGCCGAGCUUUCCAAACUCUCGAAUACGACAUCCGAAAUCUUGAAGACCUUCCAUUGCAGAUCCGACAACUCGCGGCAGUAUCGCCAGCUGCCAGAUAUGCUUCGGUUGAUGCUCCUAGACCCGGCUUCCACACAGGCACCAUCGAGCCUAUAGAUGUCAAUCUCUACUUCGAGGCCUCGGGUCGAUGGCCGGAGAACUUGGUCGCCAUCCAGGAGACCAAGAUCGAGUUUCUGCUUGAUUUCGACAGACGACUCAAAGCGACCAAGGAGAACAUCACAACCCACCUUGGCCGAGAAAACAAGGAGAUCGGAAUCGAGAACUUGGCUUACCUCGAUAUCGUGUAUGAUACCGGUGCAGCAUUCCGAUUAAGGAUCCACGCCGACCUAGAGGACAUAUUGCUUGAGAGACAGAUCAAGAAUAAGACUCUUGAUCCUCGUAUCCGUGAGGACUCUGAAGCAGCACUCGCCAGAACCAAGUGGCUCUUUGAGACCCUGCCAAUUCAUACACAAACUAUUGCAACCUUCUGCACAAGACUACACCCUCUGUCCCAGACCAUUCGCUUGGUCAAGCAUUGGUUCAACGCCCACAAGCUCUCAAGUCACAUUAGCGAAGAGCUUAUUGAGCUCUUUGUCCUGAGUGUCUUUCUACAACCCUACCCUUGGCGUGCACCCACAAGUGCUUCAACUGGUUUCUUGCGCGUCCUGACCUUCCUGUCCCGCUGGGACUGGCGCGAUGAGCCCUUGAUUGUCGACUCAGCUGAGGAGUUGACGGACGAUGAUCGCCACAACAUCCGCAAAGAGCUUGAGGGUUGGCGUAAAAAGGACCCUAACAUGAACCAUACUGUUAUGUUUGUUGCCACUUCGGUCGAUACGUCUGGUCUGGCGUACACUCGCAAUGGCCCUUCCAAGCUCAUUGCUUCGCGCAUGACUCGAUUGGCCAAGGCUGCUUGCAAGGUUGUCAAAGACAGUGGCUACGGCAUCGAUGCGAUUGAGCUCUUUGAAACAUCUCUCGAAGACUACGAUGUUCUCUUCCACCUUUCUCGCAAGGCCAUCCGCUCUAUCCUUCGAGAGGCAGCCUGCGAUCCUUCUGCCCACCGCCGUUCCCAGUUCAAGAACCUUGAUGAUAGAACAGGUCGCGCACCUCUCCCCAUCCGCGCUCACCCUGUCGAAAUCUUUAUGCAAGAGCUGCAGCGCAUCUACGAGGAUACACUUGUGUUCUUCAGGGGAACUAACAACGGUGAAGAGGACGAUGCUGUUAUUGGUGCUAUCUGGAACCCAAAGCUUCAGCAGCAGAAGUUCCGAGCAGGUCUACCUUACAACUUCCACAAGGUCGCGGGUGAGGACGACGAUGUUGUGGUGGUGAACCGAAAAGCUGUGUUAGCAGAGAUUUCAAGAAUUGGUGGUGAUAUGAUUAGGAAGAUCGAAGAGGUGGAGUAA